AAAGAGGGAUUCACCUCCUCACUGUAGUUUUGAAAUAAAUGGGCUCCUCAGACAAUUUUCAAACCCCAGCAAUAACCAAGUAAAGAAGGGAGUACACGCUUCAGUUCUUGUUUUAGAGGGUAACAAUUUCCAAGGAACUUUGCUCUUUGCAGAAAGACUUUUUUAUGCCCUCCUACUUGCCGUUCGAAAUCCACCAACCACAAAAUUUACUCCAUCCCCUUUUUUCUCUCUCCCUUCCACACUCCCUCUCUCUUUUUUAGCAGCUAGAUACGAGCCCGCCAUAUUAGAGAGAUGGAAAUAAAGCUUCCUUAAUGUUGUAUGUGUCUUUGAAGUACAUCCGUGCAUUUUUUUUUUAGCAUCUAACUAUUCCUCCCCUGUAGCCCUCGGCCCUCAAAUCACCCUCUCCCAUACCCCACCCGACCAACAUCUCCCAUCUCAGUCUCUGAAAAUGCACAAAGAUGCCUGGCUACCUCGCCCUGCCUUCGGUCUCACGGGGCUCAGUCUCUUUUUCUCUUUGGUGCCACCAGGGCAGAGCAUGGAAGUCACAGUACCUACCACCCUCAAUGUCCUCAAUGGCUCUGAUGCCCGUCUGUCCUGCACCUUCAACUCCUGCUACACAGUGAACCACAAGCAGUUCUCCCUGAACUGGACUUACCAGGAGUGUAAUAACUGCUCCGAGGAGAUGUUCCUCCAGUUCCGCAUGAAGAUCAUUAACCUGAAGUUGGAGCGGUUCCGGGACCGUGUGGAGUUCUCGGGGAACCCCAGCAAGUACGAUGUGUCGGUCACGCUGAGAAACGUGCAGCUGGAGGACGAGGGCACCUACAACUGCUACAUCAUGAACCCGCCCGACCGCCACCGCGGCCACGGCAAGAUCUACCUGCAGGUCCUCAUGGAAGAGCCCCCUGAGCGGGAUUCCACGGUGGCGGUGAUCGUGGGCGCCUCCGUCGGGGGCUUUCUGGCUGUGGUCAUCUUGGUGCUGAUGGUAGUCAAGUGCGUGAGGAGGAAAAAAGAGCAGAAACUGAGCACGGAUGACCUGAAGACGGAGGAGGAGGGCAAGACGGAUGGAGAGGGCAACGCGGAGGAUGGCACCAAGUAACCGGCGGGCGGCCCUGCAGCCCCUCCCUCGUGUCCCGUCUCCCUCCCGCCCUCUGCCCGCACAGCGUGCCCCCGCCUGCCCUCUCUUGGUGUGCUUCUCUCGAUCCAGGUUCCCAGGGCCCACCUGGGGCCUCCUGAACCCCUCCCUUCGUAUCUCCCACCCUUGCACCAAGAGUGACCCACCUCUCUUUCAUUCGAGAAAACUGCCCCUGAGGCGUCUGGGAUGUGUGGGCCCUGAGGGGAGGGAGAGGUGGGCUCAGAACUGCCAGCCCCUGAGAGGAGGCAGGAGGCCCAGAGGCCCGUGGGGCUGGGGACACAGACGCGGACGGGGAGGGUGGGCCGCGGUGGAGGAGGCCAGCUGUCCGGCUUGCCCGGGGCGUGGACUGCUCUGGGGGUGGUUUCAGAGGGACCCGCAGGUGGGAGGGGCUCUGCUGUGCUGCCCCUAGAAGGUGUGGCAUUGCUCUGCUCCCUGAGCUGUUCCCAGGCCUGGGCAGCUUUGUCAUGGGGUUGCUUGUGGGUCCCUCUGACUUGAGCAUGUGUUGAGAGGAUGACUGCAUUUCUUGGACAAUGAAGGGAAGCCCGGGCCGGAGGCAACUGGAGACAAGCCUUGGCCCAGGGAGCUCUGCUUCCCCCACUUCUCCAUUGAUAGUCGCUCCCACAGAAGCCUCAGGGUUUCUCCUGGCUCCUGACUCCUUGGGAUCUCUGGGGCGAGAAAAGUACCGCAGGGCUAUUGUAUUGAGCUGGGCUGUGGCUGGGUCGUGUCUCUCCAGGUGGUGAUCGUUUUUCAUCUAAGUUACCCGCUAAUAGGAGACAGGUGGCAAAGUUAGCCUAGGGAUGGGGGCGCUCUGUUUUGGAGUUCAAGGCCGCCUGCCUGCUCCCACAAGGUGGCCGCCCUCACCUGGGCCGGGAACAGCCAAGGUGUGGAGGUGAGGAGCCGGUGGGCAGAGGGGGGCUUCCCUGGGGCUUCUGCUCAAACUUUCCCGUUACCCUCACAGGGUUUCAUCUGGCUCUUGUCCCUGAGGGACGCAUGAGGGGAGCCUUGGAGCCUCUGAGGCCCCAUGGCCGUGUCACAUCUGGAGCCACGUUACCCCUCCCCUGCCCUGACAGCUCCCUCUGUGGGGACGAAAGUAGCGUGAGUGGGGAGCCACCGUUCACUGCCAUUUCACUCGCAUGAAGACGGGAUUGGUUAAGCCUCAGGAGAGGGAGAGAGUCGGAGAGAAACUGCCUUGGAAAACGCUCAGAGAUCAACUAAGCCAAGUCCCUCAUACUACAGACGAUGGGGAAACUGUGGUUUAAACUCGCAGAACCGAGGGGCCUGCUUCUCCCCUGGUUCCUCAGUAUCCAGUUGGAAUCAGUGGAGCCACAGUUUGCCCCACGGGAAGGGCAGGGGCAGGGGGACCGAGACGUGGGAGGUGAGGAGAGGGAGGUGGGUUCCUCCAGCCCGAUUCAUGUCUGGGAGCCCAGCCCCUCCAGGCUGUGACUGAGGCAGGGAUGGGGUGAUGGGGGUGGGGGGCAGAGCUGCUGGUAUGGCACCGCCCGCCCCCACCCAGGCUGACUCUUGCAGCACUUCCCAGCCUUCCUUGGAGCUCAGGCCCUGCCCGGGCUCAGGGCGUCUGUGCCCAGGGCAGGACCAAGUCUGGGGAAAGAGGGUGGAGACAGGACUUUGACAGCCUCAGGGACCGUUCUCUGUCUCUACCCAGAAGGUGGCCAGUUUGGAGAAAGAGCGAUAGCAUCUGGGUGAUUCAGUUUAAUUCACUUCAAUCCAACAUCCAUUUAUUGAGCAUCUCCUGUGUGCCAGGCACGGUGCCAGGUGCUGGGGAUGCACACAAAGCCAUAACACAGUGGGGAACUGCAAAGUCAGCACCGUGGGGACCAAGAUGAAAUUUUUUUUUUUUUUUUGGUGCCUCUAUUUCCACCUCUGCAGCCACUGCUUCCAGGGCUGGAGUAGGAGAAGGAAGAGAUUCCAGAAUCUGGGUCCUGGGAAGGGAAGAAAGAAAGGAGAGAUGGAAGACCCAGUAGGGAAGAGGGUGAGAGACCGGGCAGAGUGGGCACAGGGCAGGGGAUGGGCAACCAGCCCGGUGGUUCCUGGGUGGGAUGAGUCCAGCUCAUCCGGAGAUUCUAACUCAUCAGUACCUAACUGCCAAUCAACACACUGCCAAUGGGGGUGGGCUAAACCCCCAGGAUGCCUGGGGCUGGUGGACAUUGCCUGUCCUUGGAGCCAACCAGCAGAGAGGGGAGAGGAGGGUGGUGGGCACCCUCAUUCCAGCUGAGACCGAGGGUGGUUGUAAUAACACGUCUGCAGCUCGCAGAUUUCACUUUUUGGCAACUUCCUCAGUGCUCUCCUCUUCCAGGAGGAGUGAGGAGCUGUGCGGAUGCUGGGAGCUUAUCUUUUUUUUCCAGGACUCAUAACAUUUAGGGGAAUGAUGUGCAAGGUUCCCUAGGUUUAUUCUAAGGAAUCCUAACUCUCCAUAAAGAAGCCCAAGACUUCUGGGUUCCUUCCUUUCUCUGCCCUGACCUAGAGGGUCCAAUGGAGAGCACUACCUCUCCAGGGGCCUCAGGCGCCCGAGCAGACUGGGAUGGGCCGGGAACCACCUUUGCCCACCCCUGAGGCACUUUCUUCCCGAGCCUCUUAGAGUCUCUUCCAGAGAUGUCAUAGAGCUGCCUCCCCCAGGGCAAUGAGGUUGGGAACAAAGUGGAGGGCUUCUGUGAGUUGAGGUGGGAAACCGGUGAGAUGUUUCCACGGCACCCUGCUUGCUCUGUACACCAGCAAGGUCUUCCUCUUCCUGUACCGUGCACCUCAAGCCCUACUUCCGGCCGCAUGUUCCUGUCAGUCACUGUGCUCUGCUGGGAUCAGUCUGCUGGUUUUCUCAACUGCCCCCUGCUUCUCCUGCUCUCUUGGAAGCCCUAUCUGUCUCUUCCUUCUAGUUAAGGGCCACUGUAAAGAGAGAUGGGCUGGCCAACCCAUGGGAUUUAGCUUAUCAGAACAAAGCACACUUUUUCAGGACUGAAAUGCCUUGAGGUGCCUUGGAACUGGCUUUGGAAAUAGCUAUCUGCCCCCUUAGCUGUGGACCAAUCACCAGUUAUUCCUGAUUUAUAAAAAGGAAAAGCCGACUGGAUCCACGCUUCUCCGUGUGAGUCCCCUCGGCGAGGCUGGGCUGGUAAGUAUUUGCAAGGUCAGGUUAAGCAGAUGGACAACUGAAAAUAAUGGCCAGGUCCAAAAGGACAGUCCCAGGCCAUGGGAAGGGCUUGGUGCAAUUGGAACGGGUGAUGAAUCAAGAACUUUUUCUUCUUACUUAUGUCUUAAGGAUAGAAAGCCUGUGUCUCUUGCUGUGCCUCUUGCUGAUGUCUUCCUUUAUUGAAGCUUGCUGAUGCAUUUGUACAUAGUCUAUAUAUAAGUAGAGAUAUAUCUCCAAAUAUAAAACAUCUCACUACAUCCACCCCCAAAGUUACACUGUGGUGGUGGCGGGGGUGGG